CCCGCACGGGAAGGAAGCAGAAAAAGGGGAACCGGCCCCAUCGUCUCACACUAUACUAGAUUCUCAGGACUGAAAGCCGCUGCCCUGGGAGGACCACACAGAGGGGCAGCCUCGGCCUCCCCCUAGUAACUCUGAGGCUUCCAGGUGGACACCAGAGGCUCGAAGCCACGGAACAGCAAGAAUCGAAGACAUCCUUCAGUCACUUCUGCUCAACCAGGGUCUGGCAGUGGCUCCCAUGGGGUCUGUGAGUUCUCGAAGUCACACGGCGGAAGCCCAGGUGGUGAUGAUGGGCCUGGACUCGGCCGGCAAGACCACGCUCCUGUACAAACUGAAGGGCCACCAGCUGGUGGAGACCCUGCCCACCGUGGGUUUCAACGUGGAGCCCCUCGAGGCCCCCGGGCAGGCAUGCCUCACCGUCUGGGACGUCGGGGGCCAGAGCCCGCUCAGGGCCAGCUGGAAGGACUACCUAGAGGGCACGGCCGUCCUCGUGUUUGUGCUGGACAGCACAGACGACGCCCGCUUGCCCGAGGCAGUGGCUGAGCUCACGGAGGUCUUGGAGGACCCCCACCUGGAUGGCGUCCCCCUCCUGGUGCUGGCCAACAAGCAGGAGGCACCCCACGCCCUGCCAUUGCCCGAGAUCCGAGACAGGCUAGGCCUGCAGAGGUUCCCGGGGCUCUGCUGGGAGCUGCGGGCCUGCAGUGCCCUCACCGGUGAGGGGCUGCCUGAGGCCCUGGGGAGCCUGAGGCGUCUCCUGAGCUACCGCAGCCCCCCGAGUCUCUAGGUGAGUGCAGGGGGCGGCUGUCGGGAAACCUGAGAGCCUCAAUCUCGGCAGAGCAGCCUGUCUUCUCUGCUCUUACAGACUGGAACACCAGCUAAUCCUGAAGGGUUCUGUUUAUUAAACAAGGAACCCUCCUAGGCUCAGACACGA